AUGUUUCUAACCUACUCGACCAUGACAGCUCUGGAAGCAGCUGAAUUCUCCUAUAAUAAUGGAAUCUAUGCAGGUGAUAUGUUCAUUAUGACAGACGGUACCCAUAAGCAACAUGAUUGGAACAUUCGUCGAAGUGGACGAUCACCGUCUGAAUCCUUGAUCAUCUUUGGUAUGUCAGCCUAUCAAACUAAGAUUACUUUGCGCAUGGCUGACUUUGAAAUGGAGGGCCAACUGAACAAUCUCCAAAUGUUUCGUGUCUACACUCAAAUAUGUGAACGUUUAGUAAAUGACUGUGGUAUAUACGUAAGUACUACUGGCUAUGGAUACUGUGGCAAGGACAAAGCAACUGAUAUUCUUAUGUUCCAUGUAAUUGUUCAUUCUAAAAGUAUUGUGGACAUCGACAAUCAUGAACAAUCGUUACAUAAUUUCUCCAAAAGUGAACACCGACAGAAAGUAGCAGAACUAGUUCGACGCGUAACUGAAAUGAUUCUUCAAAAACAAUAA